AUGGACACUGUCAAUUUUCUGCAACUUAAAAAUCCACCGACCGGAGCCAGGACCAAACCUGCACCUUUGGGUAUUCUCAGCAGUGGUGGACCAUAUCCCAUGAUUGUAUUACCUCCUUCUGGGGGGUACCUUUUAGAUUCCGGUGAUGAAAAAAGUAACUAUCAAAGUGAUAAAUCAAGAGAUUUUUUCACUUUUGGAACUUCUGCUGUACCAAAUAAUUUUACAAGUCACCUUGAAGUUGAUGAAAAUGCAACUCUCUACAGGAAGCAUUUCUACAACAAGAUCUUGUGUGAUGAUAUUACUACCGACAAGUUUUUUGCUGUUUUCUUUCCUAAAGCUUCUGAUCUCAUUAUGGCUUUUGAUGAACAUGUUUUGGUUAAUAAACUAAAAUUUGGUGUCAUUUAUCAAAAAGCUGGUCAAACUACAGAAGAAGAAAUGUUUGGAAAUGAAUUUCAUAGUCCUGCUAUGGAAGAGUUCCUGCAAUUUUUAGGGGAAAAAAUAGAAUUGAAAGGUUUCACUGGUUUCAGAGGAGGAUUGGAUACUCAUGAUGGUUUAACAGGAGAUCAUGCCUUUUACACUUGGUUUCAAAAUGUUGAGAUUAUGUUUCAUGUAUCUACACUUCUUCCUUACUCAUCAACUGACCCACAGCAGCUUCAAAGGAAACGACACAUUGGAAAUGAUGUUGUUGCUGUGAUAUUUCAAGAUGAAAAUACUCCAUUUAUGCCCACUAUGAUAGCAUCUCAUUUUCUGCACACUUUCAUUGUUGUUCAAGCAAUUGAUCCAUUAACUCCUAAUACAAGGUAUAAAAUAUCAGUCACAUUUCGGGAAGAUGUUCCGUACUUUGGUCCACAAUUACCUAACCCUGCAAUUUUCACGAAGUCGGAAGAUUUCCGAAGUUUCUUCUUGACAAAGCUGAUUAAUGCAGAAACAGCUUCUCUGAAAGCAAAAAAAUUUGCAAGUCUUGAAAGGAGAACCAGAGAUUCUUUACUACAAGCACUUCAUGACAAUCUUCUUGAAAGAACUCUUGAUUUUUGCGGUUUUUCUAUUCCCUCCGAAAAUAACAAAUCUGAAAUUAUUGGCACAAGUUCAGGAUUUUUUGAUUCUGUUCGCAAAGCUCUAAGUGGUCGUAAUCGUAGCCAUUCAGUUGAAUCAAACCUAGCUCACAACACACCAAAGCGCUCCUCUUCUAGAGCAAGUAACAGUAGUUUAACUGGAACUAUAACAGGAGAUACAACACCAUCUACAUUACGAGCUCAGAGUUCUCAAAUUUUGGAUCCAUUAUCAUCUCAAAGUCCAAUUAAUAAUCACAUACGUCUUGGUAAAAGAACAAACAGCAAUCCAGAGACCCCUGCUUCUAACUCGAGUACUCCACCUCCUCUGCAGCCUACAACAUGUGAGUCAGAUUCUUCAAGCAUGAAUAGUUUUGAACUUGAAAGACCUAUAGCUCCUGAAGAUUCUGAUACUGGUAUGGAAAGCAUGUCAUCUACAGAUGCUCUACCCUUACCAUGUUCAGCACUUAUACAGCCUUGUUCUUCCUACAUUUUUCCUGAGAAUGAGAAAAGUCAACCUUUAGAAGAUCUCCACAACAGUGUGACAGACAUGGAAUUAGAAAUAACAAAAUUGAAAAUUGAGAAAUUGAAUCUACUUAAAGAAAUAUCACGCUGUGCACAGUUUUGGGAGCUGCGGGCUCGCGUGAAGCUGCCCCCGAAACUAAGAGUCACGCCUCUGCCCUUAGCCAAUCGCAAUGACUGA